AUGGGCAGCCCGCUCCCGGCGGGUGGCACGGUGAGACCGCGGGGACCCCGCGGGGACAAGGCCGCCCCGGAGACCGGCCACGGCGCCCGUGGUUCACGGCGCCCGUGGGCCGCGCGGGGCGUGCGCGAGUCUGCGCGUGUGUCCGUGGGUGUCCGAGUGCCGCGAGUGCGUGUCGGGCUGUGCGUGUGCCUGUGCUGGUGUGCAUCCCCGGGCAUCACUGCGCGGGUGCAUCACUGCACCGGCGUGGGCGUGGGCGUGUGCAGCCGCCUGCGUGGGCGUGUUACCGGCUGGCUCAGGUGCUCCGAUCACCUGCUGCUUGCGGGAGCAGGAAAGCAGCAACUGAAGAUCGAGGGGGACUUUUGGUUUACUCAGAUGACAAGAGACAAUUUUGGUUCCCCAAAAGCCAAGGAAACAAAGCUGUCAGGCUUUAAUGGUAGCUUGUCUCCCUCCUGCAGCAUGUUUAUGGGCAAACAAGCUGCAGAUCAGACCAGGCAAACAGCAGCAGUGCCCAUCCCCUCGAAGGCCAAUGGCACCACCAUUUCCACCCUGUCAAUGAACAAAGAUGGCCUGAUCGGAGGGGUGACGAAUCCCAACGAGGUCUUCUGCUCCGUGCCUGGCCGCCUCUCUCUUCUCAGCUCCACCUCCAAGUACAAGGUGACCGUCGGGGAGGUGCAGAGAAGGCUCUCACCCCCCGAGUGUCUCAACGCCUCUCUCCUCGGUGGAGUCCUCCGCAGAGCAAAAUCAAAAAAUGGGGGUCGGUGUUUAAGGGAAAGGUUAGAGAAAAUCGGACUAAAUCUACCUGCAGGAAGGCGCAAAGCUGCCAACGUCACCCUGCUGACAUCCCUCGUGGAAGGCGAAGCCGUUCACCUGGCUCGGGAUUUUGGGUACGUGUGCGAAACGGAGUUCCCAGCCAAGGCGGCAGCAGAAUACCUCUGCCGACAGCACUCCGACCCCACGGAGCUCCACACCAGGAAAAACAUGCUGCUGGCUACCAAGCAAAUUUGUAAAGAGUUUGCAGACUUGAUAGCCCAGGAUCGCUCGCCGCUGGGGAAUAGCCGCCCCUCACUCAUCUUAGAGCCCGGCGUCCAGAGCUGUUUGACUCAUUUCAGCUUGAUAACCCACGGCUUUGGGGGCCCAGCCAUCUGUGCAGCGCUCACAGCCUUCCAGAACUACCUGGUGGAGUCCCUUAAGGGGCUGGAUAAAAUGUUCAUGAACAGCACAGGGAACGGGCACACAGCCGGAGACUCCAAAGCGUCAGAAAAAGAAGUGAAGCAUCGGAAAUAA